AUGGCGCCCAUCAUUCACGCUGUCCGCCACGCUCAGGGUGUGCACAACCUUUGCACUGCCAACCACGUCAUCCACGAUCCUCUUUUGACAAACCUCGGCCACGAGCAAUGCGCCCAGCUUGAAAAGACCUUCCCCAGACAUGCUCAAGUGGACUUGGUCACUGCUUCGCCUUUGCGUCGAACACUAUACACUGCCCUGGAGAGUUUCGCGCCGGUCUUCGAGGCACACCCAGACAUGAAGCUGAUCGCGCUACCCGACGCCCAGGAGACGUCGGAUGUACCCUGUGACACUGGCAGUGACGCCGAGGUAUUGGAGAAGGAGUUUGCUGGGAAGCCUGUGGACCUAGGGUUGCUGCAUGAUGGUUGGAAUGUAAAGGAGGGCCGUUAUGCUCCCAGAGCAAAGGCUCUUAAAGAGCGUGCGCGCGCUACGCGUCGCUGGUUGAAAGCCCGACCCGAGAAGGAGAUCGUUCUCGUCACUCAUGGUGGAUACUUGCAUUACUUUACCGAAGACUGGGAGGACAGCAGCCAGUACCAAGGCACCGGUUGGAAGAACACCGAAUACCGCACCUACACUUUCACGGAUGAGGAUCACAACGAAGACUUGGAGGGCCACCCAAUCGACGGCGACAAUGCCACAUUGACCGAGACACUGGAAUCUCGCCAGCGAAGAGGCAAGGCGGGUCCCAUGCCGGAUCGCCAGCAGCAGAAGACGCUUUACAAGAUUGGUACGCAGGGCUGGGAUGACCAGGGCCUGCAGAUGAGUACCGCGGAGAGGGAUGCCGCGAAGGUUCCGGAGGGCAAAGAAGUGGAUGGUGUGCGUGUGUAG